AUGAGUGCGCCGAACAAAUCAUCCGACAAAAGAAUUGGCUCCAAAACUAAGCUGGAAAGGCUACUAAAGGAGAGAAAAGGCACCUUUCCACUGCUGAUCAAGUCAUCUCGACCGGAUGCUUUCCCUCACCCUCACAGACUCCCAGCAGAGGGAAACCGUCUUGGAACAAACCGACCUUGCUCACAGAAGUUUGGUUCUGGUGUAGGGACCCUCCCUCAGCUUGAGCCACCCGUGGUCCAGGUGGUGGUCAGCAAUGCCAAAAACCAAAACCAGCAGUCGGACAGCAUCCUGCCCCAAAUUGCCAACAAGGGGGGCCAAAACAACUAUCAGUCACACCCGGAUGAGAGGCAGAAGCCCGCUCAGCAGUUCAGCAUGCGCUUUGGUGCAGCAAUGGAUAAAAUGUCCGUCUCCCGCAACAGCAAGAUUUUCAGCAACAAGCUGGAGAAAGAGAAGGCAUUCGAGGGACAAAGGCUACCCAUGUCCCCCACGGAGGCACUGAAGAACUUCAAGGACCGGAUGACAGAGUUUGAGCAGGAGGAAAUCAUGGACUACGCAGAGAUCUGGUUCCUUGGUGCCGGCUCUCAGAAGAUCGAGGGUUCCCAAGGAACACCGCAGAACAAUGGAUAUGAUGACGAGCAUGGAAGCUACGUCAGGGUGCUGCAUGACCAUAUUGGCUACAGGUUUGAAGUGCUCGAAGUGAUCGGGAAAGGCUCCUUUGGGCAGGUCCUCAAAUGUCUCGACCACAAGAACAAUGAGCUCGUAGCCAUCAAGAUGAUACGCAAUAAGAAAAGGUUUCAUCACCAAGCCCUGGUUGAGCUGAAGAUCCUGGAUGUGAUAAAGAGGAAAGACAAAGACAACAUGCACAACGUCAUCCACAUGAAGGAGUACUUUUACUUCCGAAAUCACCUCUGCAUCUCCUUUGAGCUUCUCGGGGUGAACUUGUAUGAGCUGAUAAAAAAAAACAACUUCCAGGGCUUCAGUAUCGCUCUGAUCCGCCGCUUCACCCAUGCUCUCCUGCGGUGCCUUCAGAUGCUGCACAGGGAGAAGAUAAUCCACUGCGACCUCAAACCGGAGAACAUCCUCCUGUCUCAGAGAGGGCCAGGGAACAUCAAGGUGGUGGACUUUGGAUCAAGCUGUUACGAACAACAAAGAGUGUACACAUACAUCCAGAGUCGCUUCUACCGCUCUCCAGAGGUCAUCCUGGGUCACCCCUACAGCAUGGCCAUUGAUAUGUGGAGUCUGGGUUGCAUCCUUGGUGAACUGUACACAGGCUAUCCUCUCUUCCCAGGAGAGAGCGAAGUGGAGCAGAUAGCCUGCAUAAUGGAGGUUCUUGGGAUGCCUCCAAAUGAUUUUGUUCAGUCAGCAUCGAGGAGGAGGUUGUUCUUCGACUCCAAAGGAAACCCCAGGAACAUCACGAACAGCAAGGGGAAGAAGAGGAGGCCAAACUCCAAGGAGCUGUCCGCUGCGUUGAAAACGAACGAUGUUUUGUUCUUAGACUUCAUCAAACGCUGCCUCACUUGGGACCCAACCAAACGCAUGACUCCAGAUGAGGGGCUACAGCAUGAGUGGAUCCUGGAGGGAAAUUUCAACAGAGUCCGGCCAAGAACCAGGCCGACAGUGAAGAAGGCCUCAGACAGUUCGACCAGCAAGCCUGCGGAGAAGUUCAGCUCAGACAGCAGCGCUAUGGACAAGCUGAAGAGAGACGGUUCAGCAGCAAAGAUGGCCCCCGCCGAGCGUCUGCGGCCCAUCGGGGCCUCAGCGGAGGAGGAGGUGUAUGAAAAUGGUGAUUUCAAUCGCUCCACAGAUACCAAGAGUGGAGAGAGGCCCGUUCACAUCGUCAUCCAGCCUCAAGAGGAAGCGGGCACGGAGAGAAAAGAUAGCCAGGAGUCGUCUCAGUGUUUGCCCCCCAUCAUGUAACAGGCAAAGGGAAUCGUGCUAAGGUCGUGACAAGAUGUUGUUUAGGCUCAUAGUGAUAGAGUUGGUGAAGUCAUAGUAAAUGGACAGCUGAGAGAAAGUUGCAUUUUGUUGUCCCUGCACACAAUUUAAUUUAUGAGAAUGUAUGUUCUCAUUUACUACAAACACUGCCAUGUUGCUUCAGUCUCUACGUGACGUCACAGAACAACAUGCAUGAGUCGGACUUUCACGUUUGAAAGAAGUGGAUGUUUUCUACGGACAGGUAGAACACAAUAUGUUUCCACAUAUUGAAACUAAAUAUUGAUGUAUACGGGACAAACUGAUCAUCAGCAAAGAUGGACAUCUUCUAUUUAUGGUUUUAAGUCUACAGCUACAGUGAAUUAUUGUAUUCUGUGGAAGUCAACCAGUUGUACUUUUUUUAUGAAAUACUUAAGAUGCAGUUGCAGGCUAUAUUUUUUAUUUUUUAAUGUGUCACAAUUAUUACACGUAGCCGUAUGCUUCACAAGUAUGCAUAUGUUGAAAUUAGAUAAAAUGGUUUAAAUCCUAAUUCAAAGUACAGCAUCAGCUUUUGGCUGUUUCUCUCUCAUGUAUUAGUUAUUGAACCCAAUCUUUGCUGUGCAUUGACAUCUUGGAUAAACAGGUUAGUCAAUAAACACUUUUAGUUUCCGUGAUAAAAAGUAGUAGACGUGCAUGGGUAUAAAAGCUACCAAAUCUUU